AUGCGUCCUCGAAUAUAUAUCUCACCUAAUUCUAUUUGGCUUCAAAACUAUAUAUAUCGUCUAUUGUUGUUGCUUCAAUUCCAUCAUUUUUUUUUUCUAUACUCUACAAAUCUAUAUUUUAGAGCAGAAGAAUAUUAUCAAUUCUCGAAAAGGAAAGGAAAACUAGCUAGCAAACUGAAUAUAAUGGCCGAAGAACAAUUUUCCGAGUUGGCCAACUAUGAAUGCGGCAUUAAGAAAAAUCUAGUGAUUAUCAGUGAGAAGGCUGAAAGUGGAAGUGAAAGUGAUGAAGAUGAAACCUUUGAUAAAGUGCAGCCAGGGCAUGAUUCUGUUGAAUCCUGCUUCAAUCCUGUUCAGAAAAUUGUUCAUGGAUUUAAGCACUUUCUUUCUAAUAAAUUCCAUAAGUAUCCAUGCUUGUUUAAUGAACUUAAGGAAACCCAACAUCCCAAGUUUCUAGUAUUUGCAUGCUCCGAUUCCCGAGUGAGCCCUUCCCAUAUCUUAAAUUUACAACCAGGGGAAGCUUUCAUGGCCCGCAAUAUUGGCAACUUAAUUCCAAUAUUUGACAAGCUGAAACACUCAGAAGUUGGAUCAAUCAUUGAAUAUGCAGUACAAGAGCUUAAGGUGGAAAAUAUUUUAGUCAUUGGACAUAGUCGUUGUGGUGGAGUAAAGAGACUUAUGUCUCACCCUGAAGAUGGUUCGGCCACCUUUGAUUUUAUAGAUAAUUGGGUCAACAUUGCUCAAGCUGCUAAGAUCAAAGUCAAAACUGAGCAUAGUGAUUUGACAUUUGAAGAACAAUGUGAAAUAUGUGCUGAGGAAGCAGUGAAUGUGUCUCUGAAAAAUCUACAUUCUUAUCCAUUUGUUAAAAGUGGAGUUGAUGAGAAAAAGAUAGCACUUAGAGGUGGAUAUUACAACUUUGUGGAUGGUUCAUUUAAACUAUGGGAUCUUGAGUAGUCAAUAUAUUUUUAAACCCCAUAUUUAAUGUUGACUUCUACACCAGCUAUGUAUCUUUUCAUAAUUAAUAAUUUGUGUGUUUAAUUAUUUGUAGUGUGUUAACUAUUUAAGCAUCAUUUUUCUUAUUUUUGGUUCUUGGAACUAAUAAAUAAUUAAAAAAAAAAGUAGUUAUUCAUUGCUUUUUCUUUAUAA